UGAGAACACGAGCCAGCAGCCGCACUCGGUGUUGAGUGUUGGUCCGCUCGCGCCGAACGUGUGCGCCCUGAUUCAGCGUCUGGAGUGCGGUCAGUCGCCCGGGAGGUGCGCGCCGUGCGGUGCGGUGGCCGUGUCGCCCCUGGACCGCAGGUCAGGUCAGAUCAGGCCUGCAGGACGUGGUCAUGGUGCUGCGGGCAGCGGCCCGGCCGCCCGGCUAUCAAGACAUGUCGGUGCUGGAGCAUAACGAGGCUGAACCCAGCCCGCCCAUCGGCGCCAGUUACGAACGUGACCGCGCAGAAAAGUUCACCGUGGACGAGGCAGUGAGCAGCAUCGGCUUCGGCUGGUUCCAGGUUCGCCUGUCACUUAUGAUGGGCUUCAGCUGGGUGGGCGAGAGUAUGGAGGUGAUGCUCCUUUCGGUCCUCUCACCGGCCCUCCAUUGCGCAUGGCAGCUCUCCAGCUGGAAGCAGGCCUUCCUCACGACCGGCGUCUUCCUCGGCAUGAUGUUCGGAGCCAUGUUCUGGGGCUGGUUCAGCGAUAAGUACGGCCGGAAAAAGGCCCUGGUGACGUCUGGAUGGUUUCUAUUCUACUUCGGCCUGCUGUCUGCGUUUUCGCCGACGUACACCUGGCUGCUGCUUCUCAGAAGUACUAUGGGCUUCUUUAUUGGAGCCCUGGCGCAAGCCGUAACGCUCUACUCUGAAUUUCUUCCAACAAAGCAAAGAGGAAGCUGCAUCUUAUUUCUUAAUAUGUUCUGGGCGCUGGGCAGCGCACUGGAGGUGGUGCUGGCGCUGCUUCUGAUGCCGGAGCUCGGCUGGCGCUGGCUGUUGGCCCUCUCCAGCGUCCCGCUUCUGAUGUUCGUCCUGUUCUCCCCGCUGAUCCCGGAAAGCGUCCGAUUCCACGGGGCCUGCGGGCGCCCUGACCUAGCGCGAGCCGCCAUUGACAAGAUGGCCGCCGCCAACGGACAGCCCGCGCCGCGCGGCCAGCUGACUAUUGACGACACGUCAUCAGAGCGGCGCGGCCAUGUGUGGGAGCUGCUGUCGCCGAAACUUUGGUGGACCACGCUGCUGCUCUGGUGCAUCUGGUGGUGCCUCACGUUCUGCUACUACGGCGUGGCUUUAGUCAGCACGGAGCUGUUUAAACUGCCAGACGCUGAGCUGUGCGGCAGCAUUGGUGUCGAUCAGGAGGGGCAGGUUUGCCAGGCUUCGUGUCAAAUGCUGUCCCAGGAAGACUACCUUGGUCUCUUGUGGACAACGCUGUCAGAAAUUCCAGACCAGGUCACAGCAGACAAUCCUUUCUUGGGUCGCGCUAGGUGA